CUGGGUUCUUUGUCUUUUCCAGUGCCAACCACACAGAGGACAGGAUGGAUUGGGGCACGCUGCAGAGUAUUCUUGGAGGUGUCAACAAGCACUCCACCAGUAUUGGGAAAAUCUGGCUCACAGUCCUCUUCAUUUUUCGAAUCAUGAUCCUCGUGGUGGCCGCAAAGGAGGUGUGGGGAGAUGAGCAAGCUGAUUUUGUCUGCAACACCCUCCAGCCUGGCUGCAAGAACGUGUGCUAUGACCACUACUUCCCCAUCUCCCACAUCCGCCUCUGGGCCCUGCAGCUGAUCUUCGUGUCCACCCCGGCGCUGCUGGUGGCCAUGCACGUGGCCUACCGGAAACACGAGAAGAAAAGAAAGUUCAUUAAGGGAGAGAUAAAGAAUGAAUUUAAGGACAUCGAAGAAAUCAGGACCCAGAAAGUUCGUAUCGAGGGCUCGCUGUGGUGGACGUACACCAGCAGCAUCUUCUUCCGGGUCAUCUUCGAGGCUGCCUUCAUGUAUGUCUUUUACAUCAUGUACAAUGGCUUCUUCAUGCAGCGUCUGGUGAAAUGUAAUGCCUGGCCUUGUCCCAAUACCGUGGACUGCUUUAUUUCCAGACCCACAGAAAAGACUGUCUUUACUGUAUUCAUGAUUGCGGUGUCUGGGAUUUGCAUCCUGCUAAAUAUCACAGAAUUGUGUUAUUUGUUCAUUCGCUAUUGCUCAGGAAAGUCAAAAAAACCAGUUUAAUCUUUUGCUCAGCUGUCAGAUAAAAGAUUGCAUGACAGGAUGAGGCAAUGUGUGCUAAGCUGUCAAAGCUCAGCCACCAGCAUUUCCCAAGACAAAGAUUCCCAUCUUAAAUGCAACCUUUUG